ACCUACUUAUAUGAUAUUUUUUCAGUACAAGGGUUUAAAUGACGUGUACAAGGGUUUAAAUGACGAUUGAAAAUAGUAGAAGGGCAUUUUUGACUUUUUUCCUUGAAUGAUGGUUGGAACUUGGAAGUGGUAGAGGUUGAUCAAGUGGAGGUAAUAUGUGGUCAAUUUUGAAGGGGGUGGAACUCAUGGGAGGAAUCUAGCUGCAAAGGCCAGUGAUACAAGUAUAAGUGGUCAUGGAGGUCAAAUUGGAAGCCAGGCGGAAGAGGGAGAGGCAAGUAUUAAGCGAUCGAUGGUUCCUAUCUUAGCAGAGCGUGGAGAAGAUUCUGAGACUAUGAAAGAAAUGUAGGCGCUCGGCUGGAAGGCGAAUAGAAGAGGAGGCGUAUGUGGGAGGCAUUCAUGGAUCUUCUCUAGGUCUGAAGUCAAUUGAAGUCAAUACAUCACGACCCCAAUCCUUUCAAGGAUCUUAAACGGACCUAUGUAUUGCGGUCUGCGGGUUGAACUUACCUUGGCUAAGGAAUCAGAUUAUCCUCUUUCAAGGCGACACCCUCAGGAAUACCUCAUCCCCAACUUCAAACUCGAACGCCCUCUAGCAUUUAUCAUCAUAACUCUUCUGCCGAUCCUGAGCAACCUUGAGUGUAUCUUAGAUAGUUUUCACUUUGUUCCUCAUGAUUUUCACAAUUUCAGCGCCCUCAAGUUUGACUUCACCAACCUCGUCCCAACACAACAACGUCUUGCACAUCCUCCCAUACAACGCUUUGUAUGGAGGCAUGUCGAUGUUGGCUUGAUAACUGUUGUUAUAAGCAAUCUUUACCAAUGCUAGAUGCUUGUCUAACCUCUUUUGGAACUCCAAG